AUGUCCUUAACAGAUUUCUUACCGGUCUUCAAUGAAGAUCCGUUUUUAAAAUUCAGACCUUUUCCUGAGACAUCUACCAUCCCUUUCGUUGCACACUGGCAUGAGAUCGUGGGGUCAUUUUUAAUGUACGUCUUGGUACAAAAAUUGUCACCGAUGGUUUCCAGCAGGUUGUUUGGGAAGUCAUACAACCAAUUGAACUACAAGACCAAGAUAAACUUCGAUAUUCAUGUUGUUUCGAUGGUACAAUGCGUAGUCUCGGUACUCGCGUUGAUUCCGAUGUGGAACCAUCCUACGUGGAAGAACAGGGAGGUCGAUCCCACCAGUGCCGUACUCGCAUACUAUCCGUAUGGAGGAUUCGUCAGCUCGAUUUCGGUGGGCUACUUUUUGUGGGACUUGGUGGUGUGUUUUAAGUACAUGAACUUGUUUGGUGCCGGGUUUCUUGUCCAUGCUGUGUCUGCCCUCUUUGUGUUUGGCAGCACAUUGUUCCGAUUUUGCUUGCCAUGGGUUCCGGCGUUCUUGCUUUUCGAAUUGAGCACUCCGUUCGUCAAUAUCAACUGGUUUGCAUCAAAGAUGCCUGAAGGCUUCGUUAGUGAUGCCACUGUUAUCGUGAACGGUAUUUUGUUGUUGGUGACAUUUUUCACCGUCAGAAUUUUAUGGGGCUUCUACUCGGCUAUCGUGGUUGCCCGUGAUAUGUUCGCUGUGUGGGAUCAACUCUAUAAAGUCUUACCUGUUGGUACUUUGUUGUUGAAUUUUACGCUUAAUAUAUUGAACGUGUACUGGUUUUACAAAAUGCUCUUGAUUGCAAAGAAAAAAGCAACUGGCAAAAAGACCACCAAGGAGGCGGAACAUGAACUUGCCCACAAGAUAGAAUAG